AUGAGCGGCAGCAGCAACACCGGCAGCAGCAAAAACUACCGCUCGCAGCAGCAGGGGCAGCUGCAGCAGCAUUAUGAGCGGCAGCAGCAACACCGGCAGCAGCAAAAACUACGGCUCCAUCAUCAGCAGCAGCAGCAGCCACAGCAGCAGCAGCAGCCACAGCAGCAGCAGCAGCAGCAGCAGCAGCAGCAGCAGCAACUGCUGCUGCUGCUGCCCCCCCAACCUCAACUCUGCUAUCUCACCCCAAUGUCUAUCCCCCUAAUCACCUGGGAGGCCCCAGAGAGACAGGGGCCCCCCGGGGGCCCCGAUGCAGCAGCAGCAGCAGCAGCAGCAGCAGCAGCAGAAGCAGCAGCAAAUCCACUGCUGCAGUUAUCUCUAGACGAAGUUAUUGAGAGGGAGAGAAAGAGCCGCAACAAACAGAAGCAGCAGCAGAAGCUGCAGCAGCAGCAGCAGCAGCAGCAGCAGCAGGAGCAGCAGCUGCUGCAGCAACAACAGCAGCAACAGCAGCAGCAGCAGCAACAGGAAGAGGAGGAUUCUCUUUCGGAGCCCCCUCGUCGACGCGUGCUGCUGCGCCCCAGCCCCUGUGCUGCUGCUGCUGCUGCUGCAGCAGCAGCAGCAGCAGCAAACUCAGGGGGGCGCUGGCUGCAGCUGCUGCGGGCUGUCUGCGUGGAGGCCCUCAGUAUACCCGAUGCAGGCUGGGACGCCGUCAGGCUGCUGCAGCAGGAUGAACCAGUGUUGUUGCUGUUGUUGUAG